CCAAAUUUAACAAAAUUCUAUAAACAUGAUUUUUUGUAGCUUGUGUCAAACCCACCUGGAAGAUCAAAUAAAUUGCCGGGAAAUAAGAACAAACUUCUUGCCAUGGCGGGCAGACUACUGCGAUACAUCCUUGUCCUAAUCCUUGCCAGCUUUUCUGUUGUUUCUUUCAUUUCAAAAUCAAAAACAAUGAAAAAACAUACUUUAGGUUAUAAUACCUUUAAAGAUGUUAUGUUCAAGGAUCCUCAAAUGCAGGCAGAGAUUCCCAAAACAUACUCGUUGAGGAAAUUUGAAGAAACUAUAGAAGAUUUUAACGCAAUGAAAGAUGCGACACUUCCGCUUACUUCUGAAAACCAAAAUCCAUAUGCGGAGAAUCCGAUUGCCUCAAUCCAAGGCCAUACAGAUGAAAAGGAUCACCGUCAGGAUGACGACAUAAGCCAUAAAGAAUUUUCCAUGAUGUUACUGGACUCCAAACGAAUAUUGGCAAAGAAAUCGAUGGAAUUGUUAUUUGUAGAAACCGAUGUUCCCGUUCGAAUGCCGUUAGUAGAAACCUUUUACCAACCGGGUCACAUGAAGAACAAUAUUGAUACGGAAAGGAUAUGUCCCCAGAAUGGAGUGCAUACAAAGUUGUUGGUCCUCAUCACGUCAGCACUCCACCACGAGAAGGCCAGGAUGUCCAUUCGGCAGACGUGGAUGCACUACGGCGUUAGAAGGGACGUGGGAAUGGCAUUCGUAAUGGGACAAGGUUCCAAUACGACAAUUGAUCAAUCCCUUGAACAGGAGGGCUUCAUGUACGGCGAUCUGAUAAGGGGUCACUUUUUAGACUCUUACGACAAUCUCACUCUGAAGACGAUAUCAUUGUUGGAAUGGGCGGAUCUCCACUGUCCGAAAGCCAAGUUCGUCCUCAAAACCGACGACGAUAUGUUCAUCAAUGUGCCCAAGUUGAUGUCCCUAAUGGAAACACUAAAAGCCAAUCGAUCGAUCUACGGAUGUCGAGCUGAGAAUUGGAAGCCAAUUCGGAAUAGGAAGUCAAAAUACCACAUAACCAUUGCUCAGUAUGCAAAGAAAAUCUUUCCCUAUUUCACGACAGGACCUGCUUACCUUAUCACCGGAGAUAUAGUUCACGACCUCUAUAUUCGAUCCCUGAAAACACCUUUUCUCAAGCUGGAGGACGUCUUUACCACGGGCAUUGUAGCUGAAAGUUUAAACAUUCGAAGGGUAAACGUUCGAGAGAUGGCCAAUACCCGCACAAAGUUAAAGGUGUGUCAGGUUCGCGAUAGGAUUACCAUUCAUAUGAUACAGCCCAACGAACAGUUCCAACUGUGGAAGAUGCUGCUGGACGACACCAUCAAAUGUGAUAAAAAUUGAAGUCAUCUCGUUUAAGCUGUUAGAAAUAAAAAUGGAUAUCUAUUUUCUAUUACUAUAA